AUGACAUCAAAUUUCUCAAUACCAUUAAUCGAACCAUGGUAUAUUGCAGUUGACAUUAUACUUAUUACGGCAUGUGUUACAGCUAUUGUUCUAUCAUUAUUAUGUCUUAUAGUCAUAUUAUUGAAUCGUCAGUUGCACACAGUUUCAAAUUUACUUGUGUUUAAUUCGUGUUUAUGUGAACUCAUAUUUAGUUCAGUGAUGUUAGCUGUAGCAGGUUAUUUAUGUUAUAGUGAUAUACAUCAAUUAACAGUUCCAACACCAUUAUGCGCAUUUCGUGGCUAUUUCGGUUAUACAACAGUUGCUGCACAAAAUUGGUCAUAUUUAAUACAAGCUAUACAUCGUUAUAUAUGCGUUGUACACCAUCAUAAACGACAACAAACAUCCUAUCAUUUACACAUCUGUUUUAUCGUUAUACAAUGGAUCUAUUGUAUAUUAUUCCCACUGCCAUUGCUAUUAAUACCCACUCAAAUCCAAUAUAUUCCAGCAAAUCAAAUGUGUCAAGUACCGAUAUUUCACAGUUUACAAAUGAUGUACUUAGCUCUUUGUAUUUAUCUGACACCAGUUAUAUCAAUUAUUAUUAUCUAUUUUCUACUUGUUAAAUAUGUUAAUAAAAUGGCUCGACAGCAACAACAACAGCAACACCAGUCAACACAUAUAACAUUAUUUCAAGCAAGGAGACAAUUAUCAAUGUUGAAACGUAUUAUUUUAUUGAUUAUAUUUUUGGUAACAUGUUGUGGGCCAUAUAUGUCAUUUGUAUUAAUUGGUUUUCGUGGAACAGAUCCAUAUGUGUAUCAUUUUCGUAUAGCAUAUAUAUUUCUUGAUUUAUCUGUUGUACUUGUCAUGGUAGCAAUUAUUUAUUCAACAAAUAAUAUUAGAGAUACGCUAUUUCGUUCAAAUAGAAUACUCGAUACAUCGAAAGUUCCAAGCAUCAAUACCAGAGAAACUCUAGGAAAACAUUAA